AUGAAGAAGAUUUGCCCGCGAAGAGUUGAAUUUGCUGGCGAGAGUUUUAGCUUCAAGAGUUCUGAAACUAGUAGACCAGCAAGUAGGGCAGAGUCACCUCUUCCAAAGAGUAUCCUAAGGCAUACUAACUCUGAACCCACCAGUCAAAGAAGCAGCAGUCAUCCAGCAACGAGAUCAAAUACUGCAGAACUUAGUUUGAGUCCAGCCAGUCGUCCCACUACCCUCAUUAUUCCAACAGACGGAUCCGGAUCCUUCUCCUCAAAACACUUUAAUCAGAUCAACAUUCAUCAUAGAACACCGGAGAACAAGGAGUCGAACCCGGAACCUGGCCAAGUAGAAGAACCUCGGGAUAGAAGCCAAUCCAACUCUGAGGCUGAAAAUUGUAAAUUUAGUAUUAAUGUCGGAAGUAAACAGAUCAAUGUUGGAAGUAAACAAAAUGAGGAGACUUCUUCGACAAAACAAAGUCAGCCGGUUAAAAUUUCGUUGCUCGACAAUCAAGAUGUCGACAGCGACGAGACUUUGACUGAAGAGGGACCGAAGGAAAGGAGGCAGCGACAGGAAAAUGAGAGAGAAGAAGACGACCAUGAAUACCUGGGGAAAAAGAAGCGGCAGGUUCCCCCACCCCUAGCAGAUUGGAAUAGAUCACAAAGUUUUCCCCCAGGAAAUGGGGAACUGCAAAAACAAUCCAGGAAGACGAGUGACCCGGUAGCAUUAUCAAAUGUUUCCCUGGAUACUGAGAUAUCAGAGUUUUAUUCAGAUAUGGAUCUGCUAAGGUCUCAAAAUAUGUUACUCAGGACUAGGGUAGGAGAUCUGGAAAAGCAAGUUGGGGAUAAUGUUGAUGAAAUUAAAUGCCUUAAGGGGACAUUAGCAGAGUGUCUGAGACGGAUAGAUAUUGUAGAAACUCACACCAGGCAUUGUCAGUAUAAUAGUAUAGAUGGCGAUGUAAUAGAGAAACGACGACCUGUCUCUUCACCUGGAAACUAUUCAGCUGUCGAACAGCGUGCUCCCAGUAGAACCGGUUCUUAUGGAACACGGGCUUAAUUGUCAACUAGUCAACGCCAUUAUGGCGCAUUAAAUGACUGCAAUAGUGUUAAAAUAUCUAAAUACUCGUUUUAGAAGAUAAUUGUACUAAAUCUAACCAUUUAAAAAAUUUAAGCGUCAUCAACGCCAUUUUAAAUCAGCUGCUCCAAUGUUUGCAGUCAUCUUCGAAAUUAUGUUUAUUUCCUAUUGGUCAAUAUGCCGUCCUAACUUAUUGAUAACCAAAAAUAACCUGAUGUGCUGUAUAUGAAUGUAAAACUACCACUUGAUUAACAUUUAAAAACAAACACGUAUAUUUUGUCAACGCAUUAAUUUUAAAUAACAAAAAUAUAUUAAAUUUGAACCA